AUGCAGAUGAAGAUCCUACACCGGGCGGAUUUCCACUACCAGCCGGACCGCCGCUACAAGCCAGAUCAACACUACCAGACAGACACACUGUUGAGUCGUGACUGCUCCAUCGUGGAGCGGAGCCAAUUCUUCAAACGACGCAGGGCACUGAAGCUCCGCUCCGCUUCGCAAGAAGAGACUGGGACCACAAGCAACAGCCUAACAAGAGCCUCCACCUGGGUGUUGCUCCAACGUGGCCAAACGGUCAAGGCCCUCUUGGUUGAACCUCUCAUCCAGCUGCACGCUUGCUGUAUCGAUGGCAGAGAAAAAUUGCACCCUGAAAAAGUCCUCUGCCGAAGACGGGGUGUGGCUUUUUGCAGGCCCACCAUAUCGGUUAGCUGGUUUCCGUACUUGUGGAAGAUUUAUUGGCUGAAGAUCAAGAGAUGUGCUUUUAUUGAGACCUUCAAGCUGCAGGAGAAUAUCCUGCCCAAGGAUAAGGCCAAGUACCGUGUUGCCUUUUUGGAGAUGGUCAAGAAGGCCACUUGCUCGAGGAGCUGUGACCCCAUUCGAGGAAGCCAACUCCUCCAAUGCAGCCAAGAUCACCUCGUAUUGGGUUUGGCCACGAAGACCCGAGAGUGGAAGAUUGAGACGGAGCAGCACAUCGGAGGCAAUUCUCCAGAGAUGCUCGCCAGUUGUGGAAGAGGCCUCGUACAACCCUACAAACUCCUCCCUUGGUUCCAGAUCUUGGUCCACAUAGCGGAGGCAGAUGGAGAUCUGCUCUGUUCCACUGACGUCCUGUGUUCCGUCCAUUAUGAGGGAAUACUGCAGCACAGGGAUGGUCUCUCUUCAGCCAGCUUGCAAGGUUGGGGUCAUCCUCCGCCUUAUCUCGAAGAUAAUUUUGGAAGUUUCCAUCCAAAUUGGCAUGGCCCCUAA